AUGGCUUGUAUGGAUCCCGAUAAGCCUCACGUUCUUUGCAAAUACUCUCGAGAUACUGUACUUCCAACACGAGUUCUAGAUGUUAGCAACCCCGCCGACGAUGAGUCCACGGUGAGAUUGCAAGUGAGCGAGACCGAGGUUCACCAGCAAUAUCUCGCAUUGAGCUACUGCUGGGGUAAACAACCCAAGUCCACAAGCCCAACGAAGACGGUGCAGUUACGCAAAGAAAAUACGGCAGACCUCAUCUCCGGGUUCAGGCUCGACAGUCUUCAACAGUCUUUGCAAGAUGCGGUUUUCGUCACUCGCAAGCUAGGCUUCCGCUACCUCUGGAUUGACGCGAUGUGCAUCAUUCAAAAUUGUGAAGAUGACAAACAAAGAGAGAUUUCCCGCAUGGCAUCUAUUUAUAAGAAUGCUACCGUCUGUAUCGCAGCGUCAACUUCAAAGAAUGCGGCUCAUGGGUUUCUCACGAAUAAAGGACCGGCAUAUCUCCCAGAUCACAAGUUCCGUAUCUCCAUGAACGAAGGAGAGAUCGGGACUGUUCACCUAUCGGCAGAGGAUUACGAGCCGGAACACCCUCUGGAUACAAGGGCGUGGGCCUUGCAAGAGUUUAUGCUGUCAUCCAGAUUGCUGAUCUUCUCCGACUACGAGCUGUUGUGGCAGUGUAAGGAAGUGAGCCUUCGCGGCGUUACUGGAAAUGGUCUCGACUAUGUACAGCCGCUGGAGGAUUUGCCGUGGGCUGUGUUUGAUAGUGACGGGGAUUCUUAUUUUGGAAACCAGGAUUUUGACAGGCUAUACCUGUGGAAGACUGUGGUUCGACAAUACACUGACAGGAAGCUCACCGACCCAAACGAUAGACUUCCAGCAAUCACUGGAAUUACCACGGAGCUACAAACACUAUGGAACGAUGUCAAUAUUUAUGGGCUCUGGAGACGAUGGUUUGUAUCACUCUUGGCAUGGUAUAAGCCAAAUUCUGAACGAGAAAAAAAGCGUCACCUCAAACGAGCGCCGAGUUGGUCUUGGGCCUCACUUGAUGGAGUCAUUUAUUUCGAAGGGCCUUUAAUUAAAGAGGACGCACAAGUCAAGUUAUUGACUAUAUCAAGUGCAGAGCUCACUGGUCGUAUUCUCACGUAUGAUGAAGUAUCCAAAGAUGAAAAAAAAUUGGACACCAUAUCGGAAUGGUCAGAUCUGAAAGAUCCAAUCUCAGAACUCCGAAAGAUGAAAUCCGCGGACGCAGAGGCGGAGUACUUGCUUUUAGGUACGGCCAAAUCCAAACAAUAUGGCGAAAUCGGUAUUGGCUUAGUUGUGGUAAAUGUAGGCGGUGGGAUGUACCGACGGAUUGGACUGGCAAAGUUCUUGGACAUGAGUGUAUGGGCAGAAUCCCGGCCACGAGACGUCACCUUGGAGCCCAAACGUGCAUCUAGAAGAUAG